AUGUACGCUUGUGACUCUCCGUCCCCGAAGCGCCCGCCGCUUCCGUCGUCAACGCCUGCCGUUGAUAGGACAUCGGAUCUUAUUUCUCCUCAACAGGGUUACAUCAGUCCUGAAGACCAGCCCAGUACCAGCCAUUCUACCAAUCUUUAUGAAAUCUCACCCGUUUUCGGCAAAUCCUCACCAUCGUUUGAUGCUAUUAACCGAACCAAUGCAUCGAAUAGUCCAUGUACUUCCCUAUUCACAGACGAGCCGGAUUGUAAAGAAUUGUCCUCCACUGAACUUCUAAAUAAGAUUUCAAAAGACACCUCUGUUUUUGCUGCUCAUCUGAGGGACUCUCUCGCUUAUAGUGAGCAGUUACGCGCAUCUGCCUUCUUACCACGGGAUCCAUCACCAAGUUCUUUGCCGGGUCCGUCCACGGACCUGAUCUCUUCACAGUCUGCGCUUCUUGAAAGGAUCUGCAAAUCAUUAAUCAAGAGUAUCAGAUCGGAUGUUAGUAUGCUUCUGGAGUACAAGGAAUCAUGCCCAGAGGUGAUAAGGGCUCAGGCUAAGAAUACUUUCCUUGAAAAGGUUGGCAAGAAUGAGGAUGUUUAUCCGCAAGCAUUAUUUAACCCAAUUUUGGAUUCGGAUCGCUUCGCCAAUGGAUCUGCGGAUGAUCUCCAAUUGUUCGCACGUCGUCUUUCUGAAAUGUGUCUGAUUCACCUUUCACAACAAAUAGCAAGCGCUCUCGAUUAUUUGCACACAGACUUAAAUCUUGUUCAUGGCGAUGUGAAACCGAGUAAUAUUUUGCUUCAGCUAGAGGAUGACGAAGUUCCCAGAGCUUAUACCUCAGAAGAACUGGUGGGGGCGGCGAGCGCGCAGUGCAUUGAUAUUCUUCAGUCUGGUGUUCCGUCUGGAAUCGUUUUUAAGUUAUCCGAUUUUGGGCGAGCUUCUUGUGCGGGUGAUGACCGUGACGGUGAGGACCUUGGAGAUGGGCGAUAUUUACCAUCCCUCGAUGAUGUCAGUUCCCCUGAGUGUGUAGCCUUUGGUCGGGACAUGUACGCCUUUGGUGUUACUCUUUAUCAUUCAGCCGGGGGGGACAUGAACUUCUCCGCUUUGAAAAGAUUUCGUGAGGGGGGAUUUACUUCUGAAGAUGCCUCAGUCCUUCCUCCGAGUCUUAGACCGAUCGUCAUGACUAAGAAAAGGAGGAAUAAUGGUCGAUCUAAGAAGGGCCGGGGUCACGUCCAAUUCAUCCGCUGCAGUAACUGUGGCAGGUGCUGUCCUAAGGACAAAUGCAUCCCCAAAUUCGUUAUCCGAAACAUAGCUGAAGCUGCUGCGGUAAAGGAUCUGACAGAGGCGUCCUUCUACACUGGCUACACUCUGCCAAAGUUGUAUGUCAAGCUGCAGUACUGCGUCAGCUGCGCCAUCCAUGGCAAGAUCCUGCGAGGUCGUUCGAAGGCAGAUCGUAAAAUCCGCAAACCUCCUCAACGUCGUAUUGAAUUCAGUCGUAGCUAG